AAUCGUAGACGUUUCGGCUCUUUAAGUGUGCUGCCAGCAGACUCAAGUCAUCACUUCAAUUCCAUCCUCGACAUGGACCGCACAUUCUCCUGGGUCCUUCAACUCCUCUUCGCGUGUGCAGCACUGGCACUUGUUCUCGCAGAUGAUCCAAUCCCGAAAACUCCGGCAGAAAAGUUGAAGAAGCUGUUGUUCGUUGAAAACGAAUAUGACAAAACUAUCCGACCAAGUGAAGAAACGAACCCAACGACCGUGCUAUUCGGUUUGACCAUCACACAUUUUUCUGUGUGUGACGCAACUUCGAGGCUAACUGUCAACGGAUGGUCGCGAUUCAACUGGGAAGACCAAAAGAUGCGCUGGAAUCCUGACAACUACAGCAAUUUGAAAGCCCUGCACGUGCCCUACAAUGAGCUGUGGAUUCCUGACGUUGUGCUGUACAACAGUGCCAUCGGCAAUAAAAUCAACCAGCACGGAACGACGUACAGUAUUGUGUACAACAAUGGCUCCGUCCUGUGGGUCCCACCAUCCAUCUACGAAACCGUUUGCAAAAUGGAUCUCCGCUUCUGGCCGUUCGAUCGACAGUCGUGCAAAAUUGUCAUCGGCUCGUGGACACACCACAUCGGACAAAUCAAACUGCAGCCGUGGGAAAACUGGCGUGAGCCGGCAAUUAUGAUUCCCAACGAUGAGUGGGACUUGGUCAAUGUUGACGAGCAGCUGAACGAAAAGAAAUACGACUGCUGCGAGGAGCUAUAUGCAGAUAUCACCUACACCCUGAACCUGCAGAGGCGGAGCGAGGUGUACAAGACUUUGAUCAUGACGCCCGUGUUUGUGAUUAUCAUUAUAUCCUUGUCUGCGUUCCUCCUGCCGACCCAUGCCGGAGAAAAAAUCGUCUUAAACUCAAUCACUGCGGUCAUAAUUACCUACCUUCUGUAUGAUGCGGGUCAGAGACUGCCUGCAAUCGCAUCGAAUCCUCCUCUGAUUGUUCUGUACUUUGGAUCAUGCCUACUGAUGACGGCGAUUGCUUUCUUCGAAUCCACGCUGGUGAUAAAAAUUUCCCGAAAUUACGGUACACACCCACUACCACCAUUCAUCAAGCAAGCUCUCUCCGGCUGGUUUGGUUCUUUAAUCCUGAACGGCCAGAAUUCCCAGGUUCAGAAGAAGGCGAACGAUGAGGAACUGAGCAGCAAAGGCCAGGCUGAAACUUCCACUUUGGAGUUCAACAGGGAAUGGAUUAUGUUUGCGUCGGCUAUCGACAGAAUUUUCUUCAUUGUUUACUUUUUGAUUUACCUCAUCAAGAUUAUUUCUUUCUACGUCACCGUCUUGUAAAGGGCGGGAAAUAUACUAUGAAAACAUUCUUUCAUUGUUAACUGUUUGUAUUGAAUAAAAAAUAUUAUUCCGCUAAA